AUGCACAAUGCAAGAAGGGGUAUUUUCGUCUGUCCCUGCUUCACUGUCCCUGCCUCAGUAGUAUCCCUGCCUCUUCCCCCUGCCCCCACCCCCUCCCCUCGGGUUUCUCGUUGGGGAAAGGGGGGUGGCGGAGAGGGAAGUGACGAAGAAAGGAGGAGGGUCAAGGUGUUUGGGCAGCACGGAAGGGAAGCCAUCACUACCGAGCUGGGCUUUAACCUUCUCAGGGUUCUCGUGGGGGAGAGAGAGGUGGUGGAGAAGGGAGGGCCGGGGAGAAACGACGAUUCGGGAGGAGGGGAGGAAGUUACGGAGGGAGAAGAGAAGGAAGGGAAGGGUGAAGGGGAAGAGGAGAAGAGUGAGGAAGUGGAGGAGGAGAAGGGGGAGGGGGGGAGGGAGGGGGGAGGGAAGGAGGGGUCUGAGGGUGGAAUAAGGCGCUUGAAGAAUGGUUUUCUGUGUGCGUGCUCUGCUCUGUUGCUCGCAGGUGGUGCCCAUUUUGAGGCGCCUCAGGCGCUUGAAGAAUGGUUUUCUUUGUGCGUGCUCUGCUCUGUUGCCUGUUGCUGGCAGGUGGUGCCCAUGGCGAAUGUGAACGGGCGCAAGAAGGUGGAAGCAGGAGAGCUUUGUGAACGACGAAACGGUCGUGGUGUGGACAUCAACAGAAAUUGGGACUGCGACUGGGGCGUGAAAGAAAAGGACUACAACCCGUUAGAGAAGGCCUCUGGCACGCACGCAUUCAGCGAGCCAGAGGCAGAGGCGAUCCGGCAGCUUGCAGUGUGGCUCCGGCCACACCCCCUCUCUCCUGACGUGCUCUCUUGCUCUCAAGGGUCUUCGCUCAUAGUGGAAGAGCAGCAAUUCUAA